ACCCGCCCUCUCGACACAACCACAGAAUUGUCCUUCUCUGGGCGGUCACAGCGGUCUAAUUUCACUACUAGAAAGACGUAACACAGGAAUAACGAAAGUAUUGCACCUUUGUGUAGCUGCUAUCUCCACCCUAGUUGUCAGCGUUCGAUUUAGAUAAAAGCGACGAAGCAGAGCACAGUCACAUUCAUCUCAUUCAAGCAUAACCAUGGCAGCCCAGGAUUUUAAUAUUUUGCUGGCGACAGAUUCAUACAAGAUCACACACUACAAGCAGUACCCUCCCAAUGUCAGCAAGGUCUACUCCUACUUUGAGUGCCGCCGCAAGAAGGGGGGCGCCCAGUUCAAUGAGAUCGUGUUUUUUGGCCUUCAGUACCUCCUGAAAAAGUAUCUUUCAGGACGAGUCAUCACUGAGGAGAAGAUUCAGGAAGCCAAAGUAUUUUACCAGAUGCACUUUAGACAGACUGUGUUUGAUGAGGAAGGCUGGAGGAAAGUGCUGGAGAAGUAUGAUGGCCGUCUCCCAAUUCGAAUCAAAGCGGUUCCCGAGGGGAAGAUCAUUCCCAGAGGGAACGUCCUCUUCACAGUGGAAAAUACAGACCCAGAUUUCUUCUGGCUCACCAACUAUAUUGAGACCAUGCUGGUCCAGAUGUGGUAUCCCAUCAGUGUGGCGACCAUCUCCCGGGAGUUUAAGAAGAUCCUGGCCAAGCACCUGAAGGCCACGUCAGGCAGUCUGGAGGGCCUGGACUUCAAACUGCAUGACUUUGGCUAUAGAGGGGUCUCCUCGCAGGAGUCUGCGGCAUUAGGCGGGGCAGCCCACCUGGUGAAUUUCUACAGUACAGACACUGUAGCAGGGCUACUGAUGGCCCAGCGAUACUACGGCUGCCCCAUGGCAGGCUUUUCUAUGCCUGCAGCAGAGCAUAGUACGAUCAUCUCGUGGGGGCGGAGCAGGGAGAAGGAGGCCUUUGAGAGCCUGCUGGACCAGUUCCCGACCGGGCCGGUGUCAGUGGUCAGUGACAGCUACGACAUCUUCAAGGCUUGUAGACACAUCUGGGGGGACAAGCUGAAGGAGCGCGUGAUAGAGCGGAGCGAAGACUCCUGCCUGAUCAUCCGGCCCGACUCAGGAGACCCCGCAGAGACCCUCAUCGAGGUGAUAAAGAUUUUGGAGGAGUGCUUCGGUUGCUCUCUGAACUCUCAAGGCUUCAAGGUGCUGCCAUCUUACCUGCGUAUCAUCCAGGGUGACGGCAUUGAUCUCAACUCAGUGGAUGAGAUCCUGGAGAAGUUGAGUGACGAAGGCUGGAGUGCUGAGAAUGUGUUCUUUGGCUGUGGGAGCGCCCUCCUUCAGAAGCUCAACAGAGACACACUCAACUGUGCCUUCAAGUGCAGCUAUGUGGAGACCAAUGGGAAGGGGAUGGAUGUGUACAAGCAGCCUGUGACCGACCCGUCCAAGGGGUCAAAGAGAGGUCUUCUGUCGCUUAGGAGAAACUCUGAUGGCUUCAUUGAGACGGUGGAGCGAGGGGUGGGCAAGCCAGAGGAGGACAUGCUGGUGAUUGUGUUUGAGAAUGGCUCCAUCAUGCAGGAGUACACUCUGGAGGAGAUCCGGAAGAAUGCUCGGCUCCAAGAAGACGACGUCGCCCCCUCCCAACACAACCAGGACGAGCCCAAGAGCCUGGACCUGCACCAGAAACACAUCAUGAACAGGGUGCACUAAAUAACACAACACCCCCACCUGUAAAGCAGUGCACUGACUGUCUGUAAACUGGAGGCAUAUCAUAUAAUGAACUGGGUUUACUCAUUGCAAGAAGUCCCGUGUAGCUCAGUAAGUAGAGCAUGGCGCUUGCAACGCCAGGGUUGUGGUUUCGAUUCCCACGGGGGGCC